GGAAAAAUUCUCCGUAUUGGCGUCUCCAUUAACGAAGCUCACAAAGAAAGGGGCCAAGUUCAUAUGGGACGACAAGUGUGAGAAAGGGUUCCUUGAACUGAAGAAACGACUUACCGAAGCACCAGUACUAGCCCUACCUAUACAGGGGAUAGGGUAUGAUAUCUACAGUGAUGCUAGCAUCCAAGGGCUUGGAUGUGUACUGAUGCAAAACGGUCGGGUGAUUGCCUAUGCUUCUAGGCAAUUGAAGAAACACGAGGCGAACUACCCUACCCACGAUCUAGAGUUGGGGGCGGUAGUGUUUGCACUAAAGAUUUGGAGGCAUUACCUCUAUGGGGAGACAUGUCACAUCUUUACCGAUCAUAAGAGCUUGAAGUACGUAUUCACUCAGAAAGAGUUGAACAUGAGACAAAGGAGAUGGAUGGAGUUGAUCAAGGAUUAUGACCUGAUCAUCGACUAUCAUCCCGGAAAAGCCAAUGUAGUGGCCGAUGCACUGAGCAGGAAAAGUACGUCGGGGACACUACUCACAUGUCUACGAACCUUGAGGGCACAAGUGGAGGUGUCCACGAGUGGGGUCCUCAUUGCUAGAUUCGAGGUUAGGCCCACAUUGCUGAGUGAGAUCAGUAGAUGUCAGGCCACUGAUGAUGAAUGCCAGAAGAUCCGCGAGAGGAUCCUCGAAGGGCCCGUGGAGAACUUUCGGGUACGUGAUGACGGUCUUUUAUUGUUUAAAGACCGUGUAUGCAUACCAAAGAGUGAAGAGCUCCAAAAGUCCAUACUGGAGGAGGCUCACUCUUCGGCAUAUGCUAUGCAUCCAGGAGGUACUAAAAUGUAUCGAGACUUGAAGGAAAGUUACUGGUGGUCGGGUAUGAAGAGGGAUAUCGCAGAGUACGUGAGUCGAUGCCUUACUUGCCAACAAGUUAAGGCAGAGCAUCAGCACCCGGCGGGGCUUUUGCAGCCACUAACCAUUCCAGAAUGGAAGUGGGAGCAUGUGACCAUGGACUUCGUGGUGGGGUUACCACGAACAGUGAACAACUAUGAUGCAGUAUGGGUAGUGGUUGAUAGGCUCACCAAGAGUGCACACUUUUUGCCUAUCAACAUUACUUAUCCUCUUGAGAGAUUGGCAAAGCUAUACACGGAGGAGAUUGUGAGACUACAUGGAGUCCCGAUAUCCAUUGUCUCGGAUAGGGAUCCACGAUUCACAUCUCGAUUUUGGCCCAAGUUUCAAGCAUCUUUGGGUACUAAACUGAAGUUUAGCACAGCUUUUCAUCCACAGACGGAUGGACAAUCCGAGAGGGUGAUACAGAUUUUAGAAGAUAUGCUUAGGGCAUGUGCUUUGGAGUUCCAGGGGAGUUGGGACAAACAUUUGGCUCUAGUAGAGUUCGCCUAUAACAAUAGUUAUCAGGCGAGUAUUGGCAUGCCUCCAUAUGAGGCAUUGUAUGGGAGGAAAUGCAGGACACCGUUGUGUUGGGACGAGGUUGGCGAGGCCAAGCUCGAAGGGAUUGAACUUGUUGAAAUCACCAAGGCUAAGGUGAAAGUCAUUCAGGAUAGACUCAAGGCUGCCCAAGAUCGGCAGAAGAGUUAUGCCGACAAACGACGAAGGCCAUUGGAGUUCGAGGUCGGUGAUAAGGUCUUCCUAAGAAUUUCUCCUUGGAAGGGUAUCAUCCGAUUUAUAUCGAGGGGAAAACUCAACCCCCGAUACAUUGGCCCAUUUGAAAUUCUUGAAAGGAUAGGGGUCGUGGCAUACCGUCUGAAGUUGACGCCAGAACUUGAGAAGAUACACGACGUGUUUCACGUAUCGAUGCUCAAGAAAUACGUGAGAGAUCCGUCUCAUAUUCUUGAGAAGCCACCGGUAGAGAUACGUGAAGAUCUACAAUAUGCGGUGGAACCAGUAAAGAUUGUGGGCCAACAGGUGAAGAAACUGAGGAACAAAGAGAUUCCUAUGGUAAAGGUUCUUUGGAGGAGUGAUCGAGUCGAAGAAGAAACCUGGGAGACCGAGGUCUCAAUGAGGGAGCAAUACCCGUUUCUUUUCAAUUAGACACGUGGAUUUCGGGGACGAAAUCCCAAAUAAGGGGGGGUGAACUUGUAACACCGUCCCUAAAUGUAUUUACUUUUAAAGUGAAUAUUGUAUUUUAACCUUAUGAAAUGGUUGACGAAUUUACGAGGUUAUGAAAUUUUAUUAAUUUUUGCGUGAAUAGUAAGUUCGCACGUGGGGCCCGCACCGGGAGCGGGGGCCGCCCGAUAUUCCCGGGACCACAUAAAUUAUUCAUCUUGGUCUAGAUAAUAUUUAUAUGGUGGUGGAUAAUUCAUUUGAACCAUGGAAAGGUCUUGAGUUGACCGAUUGGUCAAAAGAGGCCCAAGUACCGGUAUUGGCAAUUUAACCGAUAAAAGCCCAAAAUCUAAUUUCGGGGACUUAUAAAUUAAAAUUGGGGAAUGAAUAUUCAUUAUAAGGGUUAUAAUGAUGGAGAACACAUAAUAUAUUUUAUUUGACCCGAUAAAAUGAAAUAUAUUUAAAACAGUCCGAAAAAAUACAACUUUCAGGACAAAGUGUACACUUCUGGACAAAAGGGGUUGACCUCCCACAUGGGUGGGGGCCAACCCACGAAAUUAGACACAUUUUUUCAUGCCUUGGCCGGCUGGGUGGUGGAAGGGGCAUGGGUGAUGUGUGUGAAGUGAAAGAAGAAGCAUCAAACAAAAAAAAAGGGGGACCACAUCCACCCCAUUUGAUCUUUGAGACAAAAGAUCAUCCCCUCACCUCUCUCUCCCUCAUUUCUCUCGGCCAGAACCAACCCCAGCAAGAAAAGAAAAUCCCCAUCCUCCCUUUUCCCAUCCUUGAAGAGAGCUCAAGCAAUAGAAGUCCAAGGGGAAAGAUUAAAAGGAGAAAAAGCUAGGAAAAGUGAGAAAGAUUAAGGAACUUGAUUAGAGCAUUUUCGAGCUUCGCCGGAGUUUCGCCGGAGUUGGUCAAAGUUCGCCGGAGUUGGUCAAAGUUCACCGGAAUUAGUCAAAGUUCAACCGGGAAGCGUCGAACGCGCUUAAGCUCACUUAAGUUUCAGGUAGAACUUGAAGGUUGCUACCAUCGCCGUUGCUCCAAGAGAAUUCAGGAGAAGAAGACGUGGUUCGUGCUUCCUCCGUUCCUGUUUUAAAAUCAUUUAAAUUAAUGCUCAUGGAUGUUAUCUUUUGAAUAAUUAUUUGAUGGCUUGUAUGCCCAUGUUUCGCCAAGUGUGGCAUGAAGUCUUGAACACUUGUAUCAAACGUUUCCGCUGCUUGAAAUGAAUAUUUUACAUUAUGUUUGUUUAUGGAUGUACUAUGUGUGAAUGAUAUCCCAGACGCCUUGUAUAGUAUGAAUGUGUUGGACUGCGGUUGACUAUUCGUACUGUACGGCGGAUUGUUGACGUGUCCGGAUAGGCCCGGGGCGUGACACUAACGCUACUGAACAAAGCCCAGUUAAUGAGAUUUCUUUGUAUUUAACAUAUGACGUUGAUUUUGAUGAAAAUGAGGACUUCGAUGUUCUAAAGUGGUGGAAGUCAAAAGAAAGAAUGUCCCCGAUUUUAGCACGGAUGGCUAAGCAAGUGCUAUCAAUGCCGGUUUCAAUAGUUGUCGUAGAACAAGAAUUUAGUUCGGCCGGCAACGUCCUAACGGCAUCUAGAGCAAGUUUGAGCGCAGAGUCUCUUGAGACGAUUAUAUGCUACCACGAUUGGUUGAAGGCCAUACAUAGAAUUCGAUCAAGAAAUGAGCAUCACCCCCUCCCAAGACUUUAUGGAUGAAUCAACAACCGAGGGUGGCUCUACCUAUGCCGGAGAUUCCGAUUGAUUAGUAUUUUACAAUUUAUUAUAAAAUGUAUUUCAUGUUCUAAUUUUUCCCUCAAUUCUCUAUUUUAAUUUGUAAACUUGUAGUUCAUAUUUCAAAUAAAUAUACGU